ACGCCAAACAUUAGAAGCGUUCACUCGGAUGGAUAAGGCUCGCUGGCAAGUUUUAUUUGUUUAUCAUGUAAUAACAGCAUCAACCUGCUAUAAAAGCAGAGCUCAUGGUGUGAGGGGCGGGAAAGAGAAAACAGUCUAGAAAGUACCAGGAGGAUGACACAAGAAGAGAGGGUGUGGCCAAACACUUUCCUAAUCCAGAAUGAUCCUGUGAGUCAGCAUGGACUAAUCCAGCAGGGAAUAAAAACCAGGACAGAAGAUUCCAAAAGCGGACCCUCAGUCAUUUUAUAUUGUAAACAAACAUACAACAAACUCUAUUUCUUCUGGGACAUCAUCUGAACAUGGUGCUGCUGAGGUCAGGAUGGCUGUGGAGACAAACUUCUGUCCUGAAACGCUGGAAGCUGAACUGGUGUGACCUUUGGAUCGAUGGAAGCCUCUGCUUCUACAAGAGCGACAGCAGGCGGGAGCUGGAGCAUCGGGUCAGCCUCAAGACGGCAUGUGUGGACGUGCGGUCCGGCCUGGAGUGUGGAGACGUGACUCCACCGGAGAGCAAUCCCAGGGAAAAUCUCCUCGUGGUUCAGCUGAGAGACGGCUCGACAGCCAACCUGUGUGCCAACAGUGAAGACGACUGUUUAGCAUGGAAACUGACUCUGCUGGAAACCAGGAGAAACCCGGUAUUCACGUAUGACCCGUACGAUGACUCCUACCAGGCUGUCCCCAUCAACAGAUAUCACACCGUUUACAUCACACCCGGAGCAGGACCAGGCGAUCAUCACGUGGUUGUGCAGAGGGACCCGUUUGAUAACGUGAUGGAGCAUCUCGCACUGGGAUUACUGGGAGGCAUGGCAGCAGGUGCAGCCAUGCGGUCCUUCCUCUGGAUGCCCGUGUUUUUCUGCUGAGACGAUCUCUGAUUUCGAGCAUUAGCACAAAGGAUUUUUCCUUCAUCUUUUAAAUCCUCUGUAAAAUCUCAAGUGCAAGUUUACCAGACAAAGUAGAAGAGGAUAAAAUGCUUGUUUUUGCUUGUAUACACAGCAUAUUUAUACUUCUACUUGUGGACCUUUGCAAAAGAGGAAGUCAGUGUUGUAUUUAUCGGUUUUGUCUGAAUUUUAAACGUUGCAAACUAAAGAAAACGUGUCAUUUGUCAGGUGCUCGAACUUAACACAAAAUAAGCUGUGUUAAGUUACAGCUGUUGAUCAAGUGCUGUAUGCUUAGUAUCUUGCAAGAAUAUAUUAUAAAUACCUGUCUUGAAUCUUCUGCUUUGCUAAAGCAAUCAAAGCUAAGCAAUGUCAACUCCAGAAAAAAAAGCUAAUUAGGUUUCAAAUUUUCUUUUUUAGUAAAGAGGAACAGGAAACAGGAAAAGAAGUUUUGAAAUGAAAUACAUGGUUGUACCUAUUAUUUACUUUUAUUAUUAUCAUUAUUAUUAUUAUUUAUUUAGUUUGUUUUUAAGCAAGGAAAACCAGAAGAGGAAUAACUUUGUUUCUAUUAUUUUGAUCUAAAUUGUUACCUUGUCCUUAUUCUCAAUAGUUGUAUCCAGGAACCUAAAACCAAAUAGAGUUGUUUCAUGACAUUUAAUGCAAGACAACAGAUUCAGAUUUGACAAAAAUAAGUCUGAAUAUUGGUCUUUGUCUUGUCUUUAUUAUCCUUAAAAAGAGGAGACUGUCCACUACACUUAAGUAGUGCAUGUAAUAUAAUCUUUUUUCCGCAAAUGCAAAUGUCUUAAUUGUCAUCCAAGGCACAACAAAUAUAACAUUUUCACAAUUGAAGACACAUUUAAAGGGAAUUUCUAGUAUUUUUUUAACCUAGGUAUUCAACAUUUGGUUGCAAGUACAUCGUUAUGGAUUUAACUACAGUAGCUAAUUUUUUCUGUGUUAACUGUCGACUCAUGACUAUGUGAAACUCUGACGGUUUCCGCUUUGAAUUCCGUGUUGGCUAUUGUUUAAGUGUUCAUUAUCAUGUACAAUCACAGAUUUUGUCAAAGUCGAACAUUAAAUCAUGAUGUCAAACCA